CAUGUGCCUAAAACUCUGUACUCUCUAGUCUGCAACUCUGCACCUUCUCCUUUCUUAUUUUGUGACUUCUUCUUUUGAGGCGCAAGAAAAGUAUUCGGACUCUUGAGUGAUUUUCUCAGAUAGCCAAAGCGACCAUGGGAAGGAAAUCGAAGGCUGCACUGGCAGCGGAAAAGGUUUCGGCGCAGAAGGUUUUGCCUAAAAGCACUAAUACAGGCUUGGAAAGAGUGGAAACUGAGCCUGGAACCACAAAUCCUCCAUUGGAAAAGACUGAAAUACAAGCAGAAAUAUCACCGAUGGCUGCCAAGGCAAUCUCUAAGAAGACUCCAGGAAAAAAUAUUGGUCCUGCUAUUGUUAGGCGGUCUCAACGUCUUAUAAGUACGCCAUUACCUUGUCGAAAUGAGGACAUUGAGCGAGUGAUUGAAGAAAUCACUGCUAGUGAAAGUGACAAAGAAGAUGAAGAUGAACAGCAUAUGCAUCAGGAGAAGGAGUUGAAGUUCAAGACAACUAAGAGCACAUUUCUUUUUGAAACCUCCUCAUAUGCUGAAGGAAAAUACAGAGGCUUGUACAUUGACUCCCGAAAGAAGAUAGAAGCCUUGACAGAGGAUAAUCGUCAGCUUGCUCUAAAGUUGGAUAUUGCUCUUGACAAACUUGAAGGAUUCAAAGCCUCAACAAAGGAAAAUCAUGAUCUUGCUUUGAAAUUGGAAAAUUCUCUUGGAAAAGUUGAAGUGUAUGAAAAAGUGCUGGAGAUGGCUAAAGAAGUGCUCCUUGUUGCCAGAGCCACUGAGACAGCACCCAAUGUUUGUACUGAACCUAUAAAUGGUGCUCUUACUGAAAUUCGUUCAUCAAAGAGAACAAGACGUAAUCAAGAGAGUGGAAAGAACUGAGCUGGCAUAUACCAAUGUACCGUGUUUAGAAUAUGUGAUUAGGUAAUUUUACUGAAUGUCAAACUUGCUUUAGUAUGUACUCGUAUUUUGAUUUACUUGGUGGGUUAAGCCUGUAUAAUCAGCUUGUUUUGAUCC